GUUUUUGUUGGAUUUAUAACAUUAUCAUCGGUUAAUGGUAUUAUUCAGAUAGAAAAGACUGAUAUACAAGGCAAGAUAAUUUAAUCUCCUCGGGCUCAUUUUAAGAUGGGAACUAUUGUUUGUAUAUUCAAGAUGGAGGUUCGACGCUGGGAGGUUUGUUCAUAUUGCAGAGUGUACUGGGUGCACCUCUCAUGUCACCAGCAGUAGAGAAGUUGUCAAGUCUUUGGUGAGGCAGGACUUGAGGAGCAGGGACUUUCUGUCAUGACUAGUACAGGAGUGAAGCUACCUACCUUGUUCACUAUUAACCAAUUCUGACCAUAAACAAUAAUCUUUGCUUUGACUACCCUUUUCUCUAACCAUCUACAUGCAAAACGACAAUGAGUUCUUCUUCACCUGUGGAUCAUGUUGCAUCACCUGUUAGCCUCAGCACUGCCGCCGGUAGCCAAAUUUCAUUUGAAAAAGAUGGUGAAAAUUAUAAAUGUUCUAUAUGUGGUAAAGCUUUUGGUUAUAAAAAUGGUCUUAUUCGACAUGUACGCCUCACCCAUGAUAAAGAACGUCCAUUUCAGUGUGACAUAUGCCACCGUCGAUUCGGCUAUAAGAAUAUCUUACUGGAACACCAGAACAUUCACUUUGGUAUUAAGCCUUAUGCUUGCAACCUCUGCGACAAGAAAUUUGCUGCUCGCUCCAAUCUGGUGCAGCAUCGUCUGAUACACAGGAAGCCGUAUUGCUGUCGAAUGUGCAACAGACGAUUCGACAAAGAAGUCCAGUUGCAGCGCCAUCUGCUCACCUGUCAAGGCGAAGCGUUACAAUGCAGUAUUUGUAAUUACGCAGCUAGCAAUCAAACAUCACUGAAUGCGCACAUUUUUGAAGCUCAUCCGCCUCAAUAUUAUGAUACACGAGACAAAAACCGGGUGGAUCUUGUGGGUGGAGAUAGUACGGCAGGUGGUCUGUCGAUUGUGUCCACCUGCUCGGCAAACGAUAACGGCAGUGGUGGUUCAGGCGUAGACAAUGUCCUCCCUUACAACUUGCAGCUGAGCACUGAGACAGAAUCUAUGCGCAAGAUAGACAAUAUCUGCUCACAGCUUGCUAGUCGCAGCAACAGCACGACGCCUUCCAAUGACAGUGUUGUCGGAGGAGCCACUAUUAAACAGGAACAGCCUUCACCAUCAUAUGAUUCACAACCAGUGUUUCCAGUUGGUAUUAGUGUCUCGAGUAACGAGCGCUGUUUUGUAGAAAUCCAGCAGAAGCAGUACAGUAACAAUGGCAACAGCAGCAAUGGGAGUUCGAGUGGUGUGACGUCAGAGGCUGCAUGCCGUUCGACUGCGUCCAGGCUGGACAACACAAGCAAUCACCGGAGCAGUAGUCCUCCACAUCCAGCUCUUGCGUCGACAACCAUUGACGAGAUGAUGCAGGUGAUAGAAGUACCGGCUACUCCUGACCAGCCUGUCUCAAAUCGGUGCUACACUGUGCCAUCACCACGCGACCGUAUACCCAGCAACAUUGCCGACUCGACGAGCAGCCUGUCAGAGAUGCUCUCCAUGCUCCAGAACCUGAUCCAGAAGUCCCAGGAGCUGGAGCCAUCCUCGUCGGGCGGUUUCUCUGUUGCAAUCACACCGAGGAAAUCGACAAAGGAUGUUGCAACGCAAUUCGCGACCCCAAUCGACGGCGUGCCUUUACUGGAAGAUACCUUAGCCUACUACAUGUCCCAGGGUAAGAUUUACAAGUGCAGCCAUUGUGGGAUUAUUUUUCAGGAGCGAGGCAUGUACUUCCUGCACAAUUCAUUGCAUGGAGCGUAUAAUCCGUGGGAGUGUAGCAUAUGUCACAAAGUGUGUGCGGACAAGAAUGAUUUCAAUCUACAUUUUGUUAACCAGCAACAUGUAUAAAAAAAAAACAAAAAAAAUUUUUUUUUUAAAUGAGACAUGUAAAUGGCAAAAACUGAACCUAAACUGGUACAUGUCACACAACAACAACCUUCAUGUUUGUAUAUAUUUAUUUACCAACUGCAACAGCAAACAAAAAACAAUGUGUUUUUAUACCAGAACUGUAAAAGAAAAAAAACUGUAACCAAUUGCUAGGUGUGUGUGUAUGUGUGUUUGUGCGUGCAUACAGUAUAUAUUCAUGUGUGUGUGUGUGUGUAAUUUAUGUCUGUGCAUGUGUACACAUAUAUGUAUGUAAGUGCAUUUGUGUGUGUGUAUGUAUAGAGGUUUGUGCGUUGAUAAGUGCCAACGCACGAAACUCUCACACCUUGAGUCACUCUGUUACUUCUGCUAAAUAUUAAUAAAAUAUGAAAUAUAUAUAUAUAUAUAUAUAGAGAUAUAUAUAUAUAUAUACACACACACACAUACAUAUAUAUGUAUGCAUGUAAAAAUAA